AGAACAUGCAGUGGUUUCCAAGUUGCUUCGCUGUUCUCUCGACUUGGUGCCAAAGUUGGGCCAUUUGCGCCACGGAGUUCACACCAUGUCAUCCGAGUGGCGGAAAGCCUCGGAGCACUUCGUUUGCGGUGGGAUCGCUGGGAUGGCCCCGGCGCCCAGCGAAGCGGGGCAGGAGGAAUCGGGAAAUGUCUGGAAGAGCAUGGGGGAGGGUUGGUCGAAGCCAUAGUGUGAACUUUAUUUGAAGCCUAUCUUCACAUCUGACAUCUCCACGUCACUUGGCAGAAUGAACUGAACAAGUCCGACUCCAAACAAGUCCGCUUAGACUCCACAAGACGUGUCUGCAAACUUGAAGUUGAUUCGUCCGAAGAACUGCCUAAUUACAAACGAUUCUAUCAAUGUAUAUUCUCUUUUGUCCCCAAAUAUGUUUCUUUUGUGUUCCUGUGAAGUGUCUAUUGAAUUUCAGAGGCACAACUUUUUCGUCUCGUGGGAUCUAAACGGACAAAGAAAGUUUGCACCGCAAUGCACCGCACAGGUUGCAAGGACGGUGAUUGCGCCAGUGGAGAGAGUUUGGGGCAGAGAGUUCAACGCUGAUCAACAGAGCAAGCAUUAAUGGUAAGUGAUGUUUGUAGAAGACAUGCCUUAGAUUUGCCUUCGAACCGAUCUUAACAUCUCCUGGGCGACCAAGAUCAAAAUCAUUUACCAGAUCAAUUCCAAAAACAGCGUUUGCCUGGCUUGUUUUUGCAACUAGGAGCAAGGAUGCUACUAGGGGCUCCUGGCCUUACUACUAGGAACAAGAAGCUACUAGGGGCUCCUGGCAUCGCUACUAGGAGCAAGGAUGCUAGCAGUUUGUGUGGUCGUUGUCAAAACUGCACCGUCGCCGUGUUCUUGUCAGGGCCGUGAUCACGGCUGGCUGCGGAUCAUCACCAAAGUGAUGGACGAGAGUGGUGGAGGCCUUCAAAAGGUCACAGCCUUUUGGAAAGGCAAUUCGGUGGCGGUGCUCCGUGUUUUUCCUUAUCUUGGAGUUCAACUGGCCUCGAACGAGUUUUUCCGUCGACAAUUAAAAACACUGGCCAAAGGUCCAGUUGCUGUCACCCCAGAGGUGCAAAAGUUUUUCGCUGGAGGAGGAGCCGGUUUGACGGCUGUGCUUUGCACAUAUCCCUUGGAUUUGGCCCGUGCGCGCAUGGCACUGCUUAUGGAACAAGGUGCCCAAGAGAUGCCGUCCAUGGCUGGCACUGUCCGGGAGGUCUGGCGCCAGGGAGGGGUUCGGGCUCUCUACUCUGGUGCUGGUGUCUCGAUGACGGGUGCAGCCAUCUAUUGUGGCUUGAAAUUUGCAAGCUACGAUGCUUCGAAGGAGUUGUGCCAGAAAUAUUUGCUGCCAGAUCCUGAAGGACCUCCAAGCCCUUUCCAUCGCGCCAUGAGCGGUGGCCUUGCUGGCGUCCUGGCGCAGACCUUUGUGUAUCCGUUUGACGUGCUGCGAAGGCGGCUUCAGACCGGUGGCCCUGCGAUGCUGGAGAAAUAUCCCGGCAGCAUAAGAGGCCUUUGGCGGCUUUACCAAGAGGAAGGCGUUGUUCGUGGCCUCUACAGGGGCUGCGCAUUGAACUACGUUAAGACAGUGCCGAACACCACAGUCUACUUGGCACUCUUUGACUAUCUGAAAGACAGCUUUUGUUCAGCAUGAAUCUCCAUGGACUUCACUGCCGCAC